GGGAAUCCUCUCCGGGGUCCGGCCGGCAAGGGACCGGAGAGUCCCCUCCGUAGCCCUGCGCGGGCCAAGGCCAGCCCGCUUCGCAAAGGCGCGGAAUCCCGGGUUGCGGCCGCCUCUGCCACGCCAGCCCCGCCGGCGCCCCCGGUGUCGUCGGUGCGGGUGAUGAGUGCCUGCGGAGCGGUCUCCGAGGAGAUCGAGGUGCUGGAAAUGGUAAAGGAGGACGAGGCGCCACCGCCGCACCCCGACUCGGAGCGGCCGCCGUCCGCCGCGGAGCUGGAGUCACCGGCUGAAGAGUGCAGCUGGGCCGGGCUCUUCUCCUUCCAGGACCUGCGGGCCGUGCACCAGCAGCUGUGCUCGGUGAACUCACAGCUGGAGCCGUGUCUGCCGGUGUUCCCCGAAGAGCCGUCCGGUAUGUGGACGGUGCUGUUCGGGGGCGCCCCCGAGAUGACCGAGCAGGAGAUCGACGCGCUGUGUUACCAGCUCCAGGUCUACCUGGGCCACGGCCUGGACACGUGCGGGUGGAAGAUCCUUUCCCAGGUGCUCUUCACCGAGACCGACGACCCCGAGGAGUAUUACGAAAGCCUCAGCGAGCUGCGGCAGAAGGGCUACGAAGAGGUGCUUCAGCGGGCAAGGAAGCGCAUCCAGGAGCUCUUAGACAAGCACAAGACUAUAGAGAGCAUGGUGGAGCUUUUGGACUUGUAUCAGAUGGAGGAUGAAGCCUACAGCAGCCUUGCAGAGGCCACGACCGAACUCUACCAGUAUUUACUUCAGCCAUUCCGAGACAUGCGAGAGCUUGCUAUGCUGCGAAGACAGCAGAUCAAGAUUUCCAUGGAGAAUGAUUAUCUGGGACCUCGAAGAAUUGAGAGUCUACAAAAGGAAGACGCUGACUGGCAGCGGAAAGCUCACAUGGCUGUGCUGUCUAUCCAGGAUCUCACUGUCAGAUACUUUGAAAUAACAGCUAAAGCACAGAAAGCUGUGUAUGAUCGGAUGCGAGCAGAUCAGAAGAAAUUUGGCAAAGCAUCGUGGGCAGCAGCUGCAGAACGCAUGGAAAAACUCCAGUAUGCAGUUUCUAAGGAGACUUUGCAAAUGAUGAGAGCUAAAGAGAUUUGUCUGGAACAGAGGAAACAUGCAUUGAAAGAAGAGAUGCAAAGUUUGCAGGGAGGUACAGAAGCUAUAGCUCACUUGGAUCAGCUUGAAGCUGAUUACUAUGAUCUGCAACUUCAGUUGUAUGAAGUGCAGUUUGAAAUCUUGAAGUGUGAAGAAUUACUUUUGACUGCACAACUGGAGAGCAUCAAAAGACUUAUAUCAGAAAAGAGAGAUGAAGUGGUAUACUAUGACACUUACGAAAGCAUGGAGGCCAUGCUGGAGAAGGAGGAGACGGUGGCAUCUGUGCACGCACAGAGGGAAGAGCUCCAGAAACUGCAGCAGAAGGCACGCCAGCUAGAAGCAAGAAGGGGGCGCGUCUCAGCCAAGAAAGCCUACCUCAGAAAUAAAAAGGAAAUUUGUAUUGCAAAACACAAUGAAAAGUUUCAGCAGCGUUUUCAGAGUGAAGAUGAAUAUAGAACCCAUCACACAGCACAACUAAAGAGAGAAAAAUUACACGAUGAAGAGGAAAGAAAAAGUGCCUGGGUUAGCCAAGAGAGACAGAGGACCCUGGAUAGACUUAGAACAUUUAAGCAGAGGUACCCCGGGCAAGUCAUCCUUAAAUCAACAAGAUUAAGAGUGGCUCAUGCGCGAAGAAAAAGUACAGCAAGUCCUGGGCCCUGUGAGGAACACUGUGACUCUCUACCCAGAGAGCUACAGGGAGAGGAGAAGACUGAAGUGGGAGAAGGAAGAAGCAAGCUUGGGUCUUCACAGACAGCAGAACCCCAGAGCCUUGUCCAUCUUGAAGACACUUCAUCAGUACAACUUGAAGCCACUUCAUUACCUCCCAAUGCUGUUACCUCCGAACUGCCUCCUCCCUCAUCACUUCCACUUUUGACUAGUAAUGACCUCAAACCAUGUUCUGCUACAGCAGAUCCACUCCCACCCCCUCUCCCUCCAACACCUCCCCCUCCCCCCCCACCCCCACCUCCACCUCUGCCUGUUGCAAAGGACAAUGGUGCCACCACCACUUCAGAGACACUGGAGAAAGAUGCACUUAGAAAGGAGGGCUGUGAGAAGAGGAUCCCAAAGUCAGCCAGCGCCCCCUCAGCGCAGCUCUUCGACAGCAGCCAGCUGGUCAGUGCCCGGAAGAAGCUCCGGAAGACAGCCGAUGGUUUGCAGCGGAGGAGAGUGAGUUCGCCCAUGGAUGAGGUGUUAGCAUCUUUGAAGCGUGGUAGUUUUCAUCUGAAAAAGGUUGAACAACGGACUCUGCCUCCUUUUCCUGAUGAAGAUGAUAGUAACAAUAUCUUGGCGCAAAUAAGGAAAGGCGUAAAAUUGAAGAAGGUUCAGAAGGAAGCUCUGAGAGAAUCCUUCACACUUCUGCCUGAUACAGACCCUUUGACACGGAGCAUCCAUGAAGCUCUAAGAAGAAUUAAAGAAGCAUCCCCAGAGUCAGAGGAUGAGGAGGAGUCUUUACCUUGCACAGACUGGGAGAACUAGCAGGUGACUUAACAGAAAGAAGAAAAAUACCCACGGAUUAAGACUGGUUCUGAUUCUUUUGGGAAAAAGUUUAAGCUCUUGGUCCCCAAAUUGAAUUCCAUUAGUUGCUGAGUAUACUGGCAAAGUGGUAUGAAAAAAAGAAGCACAGUUGGAGGAUAUUACUGUUCAGUCACUCUCGCUGGUAGCGGUGACGUCAGUUUUCUAUGUGCAAUGCUCCUGACUGCCUUGUGAAGGCCUCCUGGAGACAGACAGCUGCUCCUUACACACCUCUUCCCGCCCACCCUUUCACAACCUCAUAGUGGCCAGUUACACUAGGGGUCACUAUGAGUUAGAAGAACCCUGGGUUGGCAGAGUUCUACUGUGUGAGCUGCUUUGGGAGUCAUCUUUCAGUGCACCGAGAAGAUAUCUGCUGAAGCUCAGCUGCUUCCACAUCAGCUUCUAGAAAUAGAGUGACAUGCUAAAGAAGACAUUUAUCAUGGUAGUCACAGUCAGGAAUGAAAAGAAAACAACAUGGAACACACUUAAAAAUCCUCACAUUUUUUCAUCUCCAGAGAUGUUCAGUGUCUGAGAAGCCAAUGGAGAUAGACCUAGUAAUGUGUGCACCAAAACACAACACAUUUAAUAAGGCAUAUUUUUAAGAGGCCACAGUCUUACAUUUUGUAAGAGUUUGAAGUUAAAAUUUCCAUGCUUUUAAAAUAGCAUUUCAUAAUUCUGAAUUUAGAAUAGUUUGAAUUUUAUGUGCACCCUGUUUAUGAGAAGCAGUUCUUCGUAAUUUGAUAAUGUUUCAAAUUAUUUUUAGUCUUUUUGUUUGAACUACUGCUUGAUUACUAUAACUCAUGACUUUCCUAUUGAGAAUCAAAAAUCAGGAUUCCACAGUAGGGUUACAGAUGACAAGUGUUUGUAUCAUGCACCAGUUUUUAUUGUUAUGAUCCAUGGUGAAGAGCAUGUGUUCAGUAAAGGUCCAGAAGGUAGCCAUUCCCGAAAGCCUGCAGCUGGCAUUUCACUAUUUUCUUAUGCUUUGGCUAGAACAUGAAGAUAGCAUUCGUUGCUGCCACUAAAUCUUGAACCUUACAUACAUAGUUGUAGUGCUGACUUAGCUGUAUCGUACAGGGUCCAUUUAUGAAUGGAGCUGUCAUGGAUUGUCAGUGGGAUUAUGUGAACCUGCUUGAAAGUAGAUAUGCUGCCCCCAGUUUACAGCAUGGUGUAGUGUGUGCUAAUGUGGAGACAGAUCUUCUUGGCUUUAUAAGGAGGGGUUGAAAUACCAAAAAGAACUUCAUUCCUAGAAAGUUCUCUCCAAGCUUAGCCCAGAAACCACCCUGAAGCGAGAGCACGUAAUUGUCCACAAAUGGCUUCCUCCAGAAACACAGCUUUUCUUCUUGUCAAUAGUGAGAGAUAUUUUUCUUUAAUUAUGGAAAAAAUUCUGGUAACAAGUUAAAGUAAACCAAAUCUUUACACUUAAAUAUUCGUAGCAUGUUUAUUAAUGAGACUGGGAACUUUUGUAACCUUUUACAUAUUGGUUUUAGUCCUAGCACAAUUCCCAUAUCUUAUCCAGAAGAAUUAAAACAGCUCCGAUGUACAAACCUCACUCCAGGUCCUUCAUAC